AUGUCACAAGAUAACACGACGGUGGAAAUUAUUCAAGCACAAGAAUUGGCGAAAGAUAUUCUGGAUGGAAAAUCAUCGAGUUUUAUGAUAAUAGAUGUUCGAGAUGUGGAUCACAAGGGAGAAUCAAUUGUCGGAUCGAGGAAUGUUCCAUAUUUUAACAAGGAUAAAGCUAGUAAUUUGUUGAAGGAAAUUGUGUUUGCCAAUCAAUCGAGACAAGUUAAGAUUGAUACUGUAAUCUUCCAUUGUUUUUAUUGUACGAUUAGAGGACCAGCUGCUGCCAAGCUAUUUGCUGAUACUAUCAAUGAUGCUGCUGGUACUAGUACUGAUUCAGAAUCUUCUCUUCUGAAAGUGAAAUAUCUGGAAGGUGGUUGGGCUAAAUGGAAACAAUUAUAUGCUAAAAAACCUGCCAAUCUCAUUGUUAAAGUAAAUAAAGAUUGAACAGUAUUGAAACUCCUAAGUUGAUGAAAAGUAUUGUUGAUUUUUAGACAAGUCAAUCACUCUAUAAAUUAAAUUUCCAACCUUAACUCUAGCAGUUCCUUUGAUAAUCCACUUGACAGAGUGAUUUGACUGAAGACUACUGAAUAUUAAAUCAGAAAUUGUCUUGAUGACUGCUGGUGAAAGUGCCUGUUGUGUGAAAUCAAUUGAAAUUGGUAAAGUAUAUGAUGUUUCUCUCCAACCUCUCAAAUUCAAACUAGUUCCAUUAUUUUCAUAAUUCCAAUCAAAUGGGGUUGAUAUUAAAUCAUAUGAUGUUUGAGCUACAAUAUCCUUGAUAGAAAUCUUUUCAAUGCAAAUAUCGGUAAGUAGUGAAUCUUGAAUAUUCAUAUUAUAAAUAAUAAAAUUCAAAUUAAAUCCUAAAAUAGCAUGUGGGCUAUCAGUGUCUGUUCUGAAACUUGCGGUCGGUAAUUUGGUAAUUGACAAUUGGUCAAUAUAUACAUAUGGCGAUCUAAAAACAUAAAAUAUAACUAUUGUAAUAGAAAUAAGUAAGGAAAUUAAGAAUGCCAUUAUUGAUGCUGCAAUACACAUGUACUGCCAUCUCCUCUUUCGAUUUUUGUGAAUCAUUAAUUGCAUAUUUGUACCAUUACCAGCACCACCACUAUUUACAUUCAACACUGGUGGUUCCUUCAUCAUCACUGUAUUAUUAUUAUUAUGCCAGCACCAAUAUUAUUAUUGCUCUUGAUACUUCUCGAUGUUGUAUUAUUACUAAGUGUUCUCCUGUGAAGAAAUCUCCUCCUUCCUCCUAGAUUAGGCUUUGCCACAUAGGAAAUCACUGUAACAUUAUCCUGUUGUUGUUGUUGUUGAUGCUGUUGAUCUCCAAUUCCUCCAUACGAUUGUUUAUUACCCAUAGUAAUUGGUGUUAUGAGUCUUGAUGAAUCAUCGGUGAGCGUACUCUCAUCAUCAAAUCCUACCCGAUCAUCAUCUAAAUAUUUCAUUCUCUCCUCUUCAUCAUUGUUGGAAGACUUGAUGAAGGCUCUGAGUUUAUUCUUCUCAGCCUUGUCACUCCUGAAGGUAAAGAGUGUUUCAUCAGCUCCCGUCUCCAAAUCACACGAUGAUUCCACAACAUGUCGAUUAGGUGAAGGUUUAUUUCCUUGUUGUUGUUGC